CUAAUUACAUUAAUGCCUUAUCAAACAAAUAUUUUCUUUAUUUUGACAAGGUUUCUAGUUAAUUGAACUUAUCUGCACUCAAAAGGAACACACGUAUUAAUUCGUUUGUCUUUUUACUAGUAUUACUUGGCAUGUUCUUAAAUGCUUUUUUUGUUUUCAUUAUUUGUAUCAAUUCGCUGGAUAUCACAAAAGGACAUCUUUAUCAAUAUGAUCCAAAUGUAGAUAUCCGCAAUUAUUUGAAAGUGGUACGCAUAAAUGAUGAACCCGAUACGCAACCAGCCGCUGAAGAGGUAAAAACCGGUUACAUAUCACCUUACAAUAUUUCUGAGGUCGCAAUUUAUGAACCAAUAGGCCCUACUGCUACAGUUUCGCCUAGCAGUAGUUCUUUUCGAGCAUUCGAAGACUACACUUUUUACAAUUCAUAUCCUAAUUACCUUAACCGGGGAAAAGGUGAUGCAGAGGCUGUGUUAAGGGGUUAUACUUGUUGGGAUACUUAUACUGCAAAGCUUAAAAGUAACCAAUGUAAAGCAUCCUGCAAAUAUGCCUACACCAGUGUCUGUCAACAAAGACAAUGCCCCAAACCAAUGGUAAGCAGGGCGGUAAAAUUAUGUAUUUAUUUGUGCGCGGCAGAAUUCGAGUAAAUUAAAUUGAUUGUAUUUUGAUUGUUGUUUACUAUUUUGAAUACCUCAAACUUUUCGAUGCACGGACGAUUGUAUGAAUUUCCCAUAGAAGACGUCUAAGGAGGUGAAUAUUAAAUCUU